GGUUAGGAAAUGGAGCAUGGUGGCAAAUUGAAGAGUCAAAUGUUAAAAACUGCAGAUCUUCUGUACAAGACAAGUCAAACAUUGUUUAUGAUGAGGAGUUAUAUGUUUCAUGCAUGAAAAGGUUUCUGUAUCUUCGCUGCUAUGAUAGUCUCGAGCUUUUGUCCAGUCUCAAGGUAUUGUUUGUGUUCACUGUUACAUUGCAUUCUCGGAUUCGACAGCAGGAAGUGUGUGGAAGUCAAGUUGGUGUGCUUAUGAUUGACAGCAUCGGUGCUUUCCACUGGACUGAUCGUCUAUCGUCAUCACUGGCAUUGGAGAAAAAUAACAGGAAAAGUCUCUCCCUUACAAAUGUGGUGGAGACGAUAGUGCAAGAGGCGAAGAAGCUACUGCAGGUGCAUUCACUCGUAGUAAUCGCCACUAAGGCUACCAUCUACGAAGAAAAGUACCCAGCAAAUGAGAAUAAUCGGAACUUCUCCUCAAACGACGAUUUGUCAGGGAAAAAUGCUUCAAGUAAAGCUCAGCAACCUCCGAAUCGUGAAUUCAUGCCUUCUUCUUGGCAGGCAUUUGUAACACACAAGAUAAUCAUACGAAAAUCAGCUGAUGAUCAGUCUUUACAAACCGAACAACAAAGUUUGUCGGCGUAUUCACUUGAAUGGUUACAACCUCAUCUUAGUAGCAUAGACCGAUUCACAGUAGACCAUGUAUUCUUCAAUCUCUCUCUCAGUCUCUGUCAGCAUGAGAGAGUUCAACUUCGCCAUUUGGUUCUCAUUCCGGUAGAUGGAGGACGCACUAUCAAUGCAGCCUAUGAGCUCAUGUCCGAUGUCGAAUUUCCAGCUCUUACUCCUCAUCCUUCGGAAAACGUCAUGGAAAACGAAAUGAACAUUCCCUUCUUUGAGGUGUGGGACAGGAAGAACGGCCUGGAGAAAAUGAGAUCCAAGUUCUCCGCAGAGGUUGUUUCUUUUGACAGCAUUCCAAUGACCAGCAGUUUCCGUUUUUGGAGCUUAACGGAUAUAAUCGCGGAGUCUCCUACUUCCGCUUGA